AUGGUGUUUUAUUUUUCAGAUACAAGAUCUAUUUCAUCUCUAGAUAUGUUGGACAUUGAGAACACAGAUGAUGCUGAUACUGUUACAGUUGCUUCAGCAAGUUCAUUAGAAGAUGAUGCACAGUUUGACGAUCUUGAGCACACGUUAGAACAGUUUACACCCCAUGACCUUACAACAUGGAGGGUCACAAUACCAAGAUUAGGAGCGAGACCUGACCCUGAAAAUCCUAAAAAACAAUUCUUUGUAUUUAUAGUGGAAAUAAGACGUCUCGAUGUUACAGAUGAUGGACAUUCUGUAUGGAAUGUUGGUAGAAAAUAUACAGAAUUUUAUACCCUGGAUCAAAAACUAAAAGAAUUUCAUGGAGUUGAGCUUGAAGAUUGCGUUUUACCGCCAAAGAAAUUCAUCGGUACUAAGACACAAGAGUUUAUCGAAGGAAAAAAAGAACUUUUUGAAAACUAUUUACAAAAAUUGUUGACGAAACCUGUUUUGAAAGGCAGUCAACUUUUGUACAAUUUUUUCACUGCCGAAACAGCAUUUGAUUUUGGAUUAGACAUCAAAAUAGGUCGUGCAAUAAAAUCUGUGCAAGAAAACUUGUUAAAGAGGUAA